AUGGAUUGCAAAAGGAUCGCUUUUAUCCAUCCGGAUCUUGGAAUAGGCGGUGCCGAGCGAUUGGUUGUCGAUGCCGCUGUAGGACUCCAGGAGAAGGGCCACCAGGUCACAAUAUAUACUUCUCAUUGUGACAAGUCACAUUGUUUCGAUGAGGUCAAAAACGACACGUUGAGUGUGAAAGUUUAUGGUGAUUUUUUUCCCAUUCAUUUGUGCCGAAGGUUCCAUAUCGUGUUUGCGAUCUUGCGCCAGCUAUAUCUCGUGAUAAAACUUGUUUUGAGCUGCGAAAUUUUGCAAUAUGAUUAUUUUGUUGUGGAUCAAUUGUCGUUUUGUGUUCCUCUACUUACUACUUUUAGCCGUCCAGAGUCCAGAAUUCUCUUUUACUGUCAUUUUCCCGACCAAUUGCUUGCUGGGAAGGGCGGCUUGCUCAAAAAAGCUUAUAGAAAGCCGUUCAAUUUCAUCGAAGAGGUGACCACUGGAACCAGCGAUGUUCUCGUUGUCAACUCCAAUUUCACAAAAUCGGUGUUUCACAAGACAUUUAAGCACCUCGGCGACGUAGACCCAACGGUUAUCUAUCCAUGUGUGGAUGUGGAAGGUCACAAUAAAGAUCCCUCUCUGGAAAUAAAAGUUGCGAGUGAAGAUGUACAGAAGUUUUUCGGUACAAACAAGUUCUUUCUUUCGCUCAAUCGGUUCGAGAGAACCAAGAAUAUCGACCUUGCAAUCCGCUCAUUUGCGAAAUUGAAGCAUCGGGUCACAGACAGUAAACCCAGACUAGUAAUUGCCGGCGGUUACGAUCCUCGUGUGGCUGAAAAUGUCGACUAUUUGCGAGAAUUAACCGAGUUGUGUAAUGAUCUCAAACUCCAGUCGUUCACCAUGCGUGGAAAGUUGGUUGUGAUGCCUCCUUCUACCGAUAUCUUGUUCCUUCCAUCAGUUUCAGGACCUGUCAAAGAAGCUUUACUCCAGCAUGCCAUGCUCUUGUUAUACACUCCCACAUUUGAGCAUUUUGGUAUAGUUCCCGUUGAAAGUAUGCUCCAUAAAACACCGGUUCUUGCUGCAAAUACUGGCGGUCCAACAGAAACUAUCGAGGAUUAUGAUGGCACUAAUUUGUCUUCUGCGACUGGUUUUUGUCGUCCCACAAAUCCUGAUACAUGGGGCGAAGUUAUCAUUUCCUAUUACACAGACUACUCUGACGAGAUGAGAAAGACACUAGGUGAAAAUGGGUACGUUCGUGUGGCCGAAAAAUUCCUGAGACAGGAAAUGGCUGAACAAUUUUCAAACAGUUUGAUGGCCCUGACGAGUGUGCCAAAGAAGAGCAAUUUCUUGGUGUUGAUUCUCGGCAACCUCGAAUGGAUCUUGCUCUUGGUGGCAGUGAUGUUGGCGUUCGGUAAAAAGGAUAUUAUGUCUAUGUAUCAUGAUUCAUGA